AUGAGGGCAUGUCUGCCCUCCAAGACGAUUCCGCACAAUAGGCAGCCUCCAUGGGGGUUGAAGUUGCGAUCUUCGACGGCCUUCAUUGUUGCGACGGUUUGGAUGUCUACUUUCACGGACUUCCUCCUUUAUGCAAUGAUCGUUCCUGUGAUGCCCACGGCACUUAUGACCCGAGCGGAUGUCAAUUACGAUGAUCGAGAAUACUGGGUCAGCGUCCUGCUCAUGUGCGAAGCCAGCACAGCUCUGAUAUUCUGCCCGAUCUUCGGAUACCUCGUCGACCGAGCACGUACUCGCCAGUUCUUCUUUCUCGGAGCACUCAUCAUGCUAGCCGGAUGUGCGCUGGUGGUGGUGACUUCCUUUGCGCUGCUCAACGACUCCGUGUCACAGGAACGUCUCGGGCAGAGUAUCGGAUACCUAGGUUCGGCUAUUGCUUCUGGAUUCCUGCUUGGACCAUUCAUGGGCGGUAUUGUAUAUCACACUGGUGGAUACGAUUCUGUCUUCUAUGUUGCGUAUUUCAUCAUUGCGGUUGAUAUGGGGAUGCGGGUGGCCCUGGUGGAGAAGAAAGUUGCCGAGAGGGGUCAGACUGGACCCAGAUCGACCCGCUUUGCUAUGUUCAAGAUCCUCAGACAGAGACGGGUAUUGAUCUCCUCGUGGGCUUUGCUCGUGCAAGGAAUAUUUCUGUCUUCAUUUGACGCUACCCUAUCCAUCUUUGUUGAGUCACGAUAUGGCUGGUCGGCCCUUGGGAUGGGGCUUAUCUUUCUCCCGAUGGCAAUUCCAGCCUUUUUCGAACCGGUCUUUGGCUUCAUCACGGACCGGUUCGGGGCCCGCUUGAUGGCAUUUAGCUGCUUCCUCCUUCUCUGUCCCGCUAUUAUAUGCCUCAGAUUCGCCGAGGCUAAUUCCACACCCCACAUAGCCUUGCUGAUUACCCUUCUCUUCUUGAUCGGGAUAUUCAUCCACGCAUGUGCACCUGCCAUGUAUGUGGAGACCCAGCUGGCCCUAACGGCCCUGGAGUCCGCGGACCCCGGACUACUGGGGCCCAAGGGAGCGGUGGCGCAGGGGUUUGGGCUUCAAAGCAUGUGUCAGUUUGCAGGAGUCUUCUUCGGUCCACUCGGCGGCGGAUUUGUGGAGUAUCGCUUUGGGUGGGGCGUCAUGUCGGCUGUUCUAGGUGUGUUGGCUGCAUUGACGGCAGUACCGAUGCUGUGGUUGGGGGAGACAAAGGAUGAUGAUGAGGAGAGACAGCCGUUGCUUAGCCGCUAA